UGCUGCCCGAACUUGGAUUUCUCCGAGACCGAAGACGGUUGGUUGCUGGCUACACCCGAGAGACAACUGAGGACCCGGCAACCCAGACUGAGAAGGCCCUUCGAGAGGGAGCGGGGCUCGCAACGCACAGAUCCCAAAGAAUAGAGCAUCCUCCCACUCAUUUAGUAAUCAGGCCCUAAAAAGAAACACUCAAGUCAAUACAAGGAGGGAAACACUAGAACAGCAGAAAUUUGGCCAUGGGAAGGAAUUGCACUGAGUCCAAAGGAGAUCUUAAGGUUAAUGAAGAAUAAGAUGAGAAUCCAAAGGUCAUCACCUGUGCAAGAUAAAAGGAAUGACGAAGAAGUAUGGAAUUUAAAAUCUGAGGUAAUCGGGGAGGAAUGUCUGUGGAGGAAGGGAUCUUCUAAGUUCAUUUCAUAUGUGGGUGAGUUAUCCUGUAAGCGAUAUCUAGUUACCAACGAUACCCACCAAUGGUGGAUUCCUGGGGCUCCUCACCUCUAUUGGUCCAGAAAACAAAAACAGGGAUGUUCUUAUAUUCAAAAGGAAAAGUUAUAUGAAUGUAUUACCACAGAUCCCAACCCUUUCCAUGAUGAUCCCCAAAUGUACAAGUUUUGGAGUAAAAAUGGGGUCACUUCUGUAGAACAUCAUAAAUUCUGGAGAGCCCCAAAUGAGUUAUUUUGGCUUUGUGGUAGAAUGGCAUAUGUAAUGUUGCCUAAAGAUUGGACAGGAAGUUGUACACUAGGUAUUAUAAAACCUUCUUUCUUUUUACUGCCCAGAGACGGAAGUCAACAUCUAGGAAUUCCCUUAUAUGAUGAAUUAAAACGUAAAAGAAGAGACUUAAUUGGUGGAUCUCAAAAGUGGGGGGAAGAAGAGUGGCCUCCAGAAAGAAUAAUCGAGACAUAUGGCCCUGCCACCUGGGCCCAAGAUGGGUCGUGGGGGUACCGAACUCCCAUUUAUAUGUUAAAUAGAAUUAUUAGAUUACAGGCAGUGUUGGAAAUCAUAACCAAUGAAACGGCCAUGGUCUUAGAUCUGAUCUCUACCCAAAACCGCCAAAUGAGGACGGCUAUCUACCAAAAUCGAUUAGCAUUAGAUUAUUUAUUGGCAGAAGAAGGUGGGGUCUGUGGUAAAUUUAAUUCAUCAGAGUGUUGUAUUGAAAUUGAUGAUUAUGGAGAUCUUAUCAAAAAUAUUACAACCAGGAUUAGGAAAUUGGCACAUGUCCCAGUCCAGAGAUGGAGCCCUCUAAUAAAAUUAAAUUGGUGGGAUAACCUCUUAGGGGGAGAAUGGUGGAAGAAGGUUUUAUUGAUUGUAGGAGGUGUAAUAAGUCUUAUUAUUCUACUUCCUUGUUAA